AUGUUGUGUAAAGAAUGUGGAGCCAACCUGUCAGACACCACAAAGUUCUGUCCAGAAUGUGGUACAAAGGUGAAAGAUCUAAGAAUACUUCUUGUUGGACACACUGGUCAUGGAAAAAGUGCAACAGGGAACUCACUUCUGGGAAUAACAAGAAACGAAGGCUUUCACGAUGAAUUGAGCCUAAUAUCUGUUACAAAGGAGUAUAAGAGGAAGGUGGAACAAAGAUUUGGAAGAAAAUUAGAAGUUGUAGACACACCUGGCAUUUUUGACACCUCAUUCGAUGACAAAACUGUGUGCCAACAAAUAGCACAGUGCAUUGGAUUGACAUUACCAGGCUUCAAUGCUAUCUGCUUAGUGCUACGUCCAGAUCGAUUUUCAAAGGAAAUGGUCGAAACUGUUGAAUUGUUCUUCAAAUUUUUUGGAAGGGGUGUUGAUGCAUAUGCAUUCGUCAUUUUAACUUACAUGGAAACAGAAGAAGCAAUGAAAAACUACAUAAAAGGAGGAGAAGCAAAGCCUGAUGAUGAAGGACAAAAGGCAUUUCAAGUCCUUAGAAAACGAUGUCAAGACAAACUGUUGUGCAUUGAUAACAAAGCCUCUAAAAAUGUCAAAGAACAAAUGGUUUGGAAUAUUUUAACAGCAAUAGAUGAAGCCAAUGCCAAAGCAUCAAGGCCAUACUUCCAAAACAGACUAACCAGAAGUAUUGAACACAGAGCUUUGACAGACUAUUAUCUGACCAGUGGUUUGGGAUCAAAGAGGUCCACAGAUGGUAAUCACUAUUUUUAAGUCCCAAUAAGCAUUUGCAUCAUAACAUUUAGGCCAUUUGUUUGACAUUUCUUAACAUUAAGCAUAAUCAACAUCAAUGAACAACACGGCACAAAGCUCCUGUUUACAACU